UUCACAGGCGUUGCUGCAGUGACGUGACCGGACUGCUGGACGGGGAAGUCCAGCGUCUCCAGCCUUCGUGUUUACGGAGAGACAGCUGUGCAGGUCGGGGCUUUGUAACCGGACUCAGUAUUCAUAUGGAGACUGUGGGCUUGGUCCAGCAGUGUUUCUGAUCCUGGCUCACCCCCACAUGCCAGUACAGAGGGCCAUGGGCCCACCCAGCCCCUGCCUGCAGUAUGAACCUCCGCACCGUAGGGGGCUCUGUGUUUGGCUCCCUGCGCCCUAGUCUGGGUCUUCAGGCUGUGAGUGGUGGUGGCAGUAGAGAAGGCUGGAGCUUUCCCUCUCUGAAGCCUGUUUCUGCUCUACUACACACGAUGGUUCCUCCAGGCUAUACCGCCCUGCAGGAGGAGAGGCUGGCCAUAGUGGACCUGAGCUCCCCCAAACUGGAGCCGCACCAGAACGGCUUCCACCGAGAUCCCAGCCGCCGCCUCUCUGAUCGUGCCAGCCGUGCCUCCCUCAGUCUAUCCGACGCUGGAGAUGGUCGCUACGGAGAGACGGAGCCCAUGCUGCCUGACGCCCGGCUAUCGGGCGAGGAGGCUGACGAAGAGGUGAGCGAGGAGGAAGGCCAGAGACCGACCACCCGGAACUUUCCCAAAGAGUCGCCAUUGGCCAUGGCACUGCAGAUACUGGUGCCCUUCCUGCUGGCCGGGUUCGGUACAGUGUCAGCUGGCAUGGUGUUAGACAUAGUACAGCAUUGGGAGGCUUUCAAGGACAUCACAGAGAUUUUUAUCUUGGUUCCUGCUCUCCUGGGUCUUAAAGGAAACCUAGAGAUGACCCUAGCGUCCAGACUCUCUACAGCGGUUAAUGUGGGAAAAAUGGACUCGCCCAUAGAGAAGUGGAACCUCAUCAUUGGGAAUUUGGCACUGAAACAGGUGCAAGCUACAGUAGUUGGGUUUCUGGCGGCGGUGGCAGCUGUUGUCUUGGGUUGGAUCCCUGAAGGAAAGUUUCAGAUGAGUCAUGCUGUGCUACUCUGUUCCAGCAGUGUGGCCACAGCCUUCAUCGCCUCUCUUUUGCAAGGUAUCAUCAUGGUGGGUGUGAUUGUGGGUUCAAAGAAGACGGGCAUCAACCCUGAUAAUGUAGCCACGCCCAUCGCUGCCAGCUUCGGUGACCUCAUCACGUUGGCCAUCCUGGCCUGGAUCAGUCAGGGCCUCUACAACUGCCUGGACUCUCACCCAUACGUGUCGUCUCUGGUGUGUGCCUUCUUCAUGUGUCUGACUCCAGUGUCGAUGGUCAUCUCCUCUAAACACCCAGUCAGCCGGCAGCUCCUUUACUCUGGCUGGGAGCCUGUAAUCACGGCCAUGCUCAUCAGCAGUAUUGGAGGUCUCAUCCUGGACAAAACUGUGUCUGACCCCAACUUGGCUGGGAUUGUGGUCUACACCCCUGUCAUAAAUGGUAUCGGCGGAAACCUAGUGGCCAUCCAGUCCAGCCGAAUCUCCACACACCUGCACUUCCACAGCUCCCCUGGAGAAGUACCAGACGAAGCCAAGGGCUGCUACUACCCAUGCCGCACCUUCUGCGGCUCAGGAGCCAAUCACAGAUCAGCACAGGUGCUGCUCCUGUUGGUAAUCCCGGGUCAUGUGAUCUUCCUGUACACUAUUCACUUGAUGAAGAGUGGCCACACCACACUGACACCCAUCUUCAUGGCCGUUUACCUGGCUGCUGCGCUGCUACAGGUCUUCUUGUUGCUGUGUAUAGCAGACUGGAUGGUGCAUUCCAUGUGGAAGAGCGGGAAGGAUCCGGACAGUUUCUCCAUCCCCUACCUAACGGCGCUGGGUGACCUGCUCGGCACCGCCUUCCUGGCUCUCAGCUUCCACUUCCUCUGGAUCAUUGGAGACCAGGACAGCGAUGUUGGCGACUAAGCUCAAUUGCUUUGACCUGAUGACGAAACUGUUACGUUUCAGCCAAAGCCGUGCUUGAAUGGACUUAGCCAGCCACUGAUUGGCGGACCGCCACUUUGCCUCAUAUGUUUGGCUUAUAGAUUAGAAGAUUCGCAGAGUGGACCAAUGAGAAGCCAAGGAGGCCGUAAAACAUACCUGACAUUCUUUUGUCAGUCAGUAUAUUUUAUAUGUUUAUUUAAAGGACAUUUAACAUUAUGCUUCAAGAGAUUGGAAACCUUAUUGGGUGCAAUAAAAUUUGUUGUAGCAUCAUUCCAAGGAGAGUUUAGGAGCCUCUAGACUCUCCACUCUGACUGGAAAGAAACAGGAGAGGCUUUACUGGCCUUUCAGGCUUCCUUAAAUUUGUCCUCUCCAUCCAUUAUUUUUUUUUUUCUCUGGACCCCUUGGUACCGCAGACCACAAAUAAGAGGACACAGAUGAUAUCAGAUUAUAUAGCCUAUUUAUUUCCAUGAAAGCUUGUUUAGUUGUGCUUCUAUUCCUUCUUUUUUAUGCAUACUGCCUUCUUUUAUUCUUCUUAGGUGGGCCGUACGCUUUCCAUAUUGAUCGGUACGCUGUGUUUUGGUCUGUUGGGUCAGUGUAAUGCUCGCUGUCCAGUGUUUACACCGUUCAUGUGUGCUGUUUACAUGUAUGCAACCUUUAAUGACACAGGACAGAUGUGCCUGAGAAAGCUUGUAUAUGGGUAAUGGGUCAGUAUUUGUCUUUGUCUUAAUUCUCCCUCACUUCUUUUCACACGGUUGUUCUGCAGUGCCAUUAAGAAUGUGUUUCUCUGAUCUGGGCAGGCUUCACAGGAGGCAAAUUCCAUUUUAUCUGUUUGUCUGAAGUUUUUUUUAUACUCACAAUAAAUGUCCGGGAUUUGUUUAUGGUCACUUUC